AUGGCAGAACACAACGGGAUGCCACGUCUUGGGAAUGACAGAAGCGUGGAUGAUGACUACGAAGAAGUCGUGGCGUAUCCCGCUCCGGCCCAACCCCAUUAUCAAGACUAUCACGAAGACUCUACAACUAUGGAUCCCUCGGACAUAUGGAGGGAAUUCGAAUCAGCUCGGAGUUCUGCCGAAUACCAUCUCGAUGACUUGGAAGCGCUACCAAAGUACAGCCUCGAUGCCGCACGCAUCAGCGUCCAUCACCUCAGACUGGCCUUUGAAGAGGAUAUCGGUUUGGUGGAUGAUGAAAGUCGAAACGUCUUGAAGAAGUCACGGUUCAACUUCCUCAAGUGGGAGUUUGCUUAUCUAUGA